AUGUCAUUAUUGCAGGCAUCAAAACACCUAUGUCGAUUCAACGCUCGCAGUCUGCCCACGAAUACCCGCCGUCAACUACAUUCCCGACACACGACUCUUCUCUGGACGGAAGAAGAGCUGGUAAAGCUUAUUCAGGCUGUUAAAGAUCAUGGAUACGAGUGGGAGUACAUUCAAGAUAACGUCUUUCACGGAACGAGAAGUGCUCGUCAAUUGAGCCGUAAAUAUGACCUUUGGGAGAAACGUCUUGAGAGCAAUCCUAUUUUGUUCUGGUAUAGUGCUGCUUCUCCAGCUGAAGACGAAGCGCUGAAAGAAUUAGUCCAACAACAAGGUGUAAAAACUCGACUGCCAUGGACGAUAAUUGCAGAGAAAUUUUCAAAAAACUUUCCAGAACGUUUACCUGAAACUCUUGCGGAUCGGUGGCGAAGAUUAAGCGCUAAUAAGCGUGGUAAAUAUUCGGAUGAGGAGGAUCAAUUGAUAAGAGACUUUUGCAAGGAGAAUGGAGGUUCAUGGGCUAGGUUAUCGGUUUUAUUAAACAGACCUCAGCGAAGCCUUCGCGCACAUCAUGCUGAUUUACAACUUAAGGAAGAGCGUGAGUCAUGGUCGCUUGACGAACAUUAUAAAAUAUGUGCUAUUUUAAGAGAGCAUGGUCCAAUUAUGAACAAAAUUGAAGAGGCAUUCCCUCAUAGAUCCAAACCGUAUCUGAAGUUGUUGGUAAAAAAAUUAUUAAAUAAAGAACACAAAUACGAGUAUAAUAGAGGGAGUUGGUUUCCUGCUGAGGUUAAAGCACUGAAAGAAGCUUGUCGCAGAUAUACUGGCACGAGAGGUUUAUGGCGGAAAGUGUCUGCUGUCGUCAAAUCAAGAAAUGAUGCACAAUGUAUGAGAUAUGUAAUUGCCCGAGGUUGGAACAACUUUGUAGAUACAUGA